CAUUGCAGAAAUGUACUGGAGCCAUGAGGGUGUUGGCGUAUGGGACAUCAUCCGAUGUUGUCGAUGAGUAUCUGCGAAUGAGUUCAUCUUCUACAAGAGAUGCUUUAGUCCAUUUUGUGGAAGGUGUUAUAUCUUGCUUCGGUGGUACGUAUCUCAGAAGGCCUAAUGAACAAGAUUUGGCAAGGCUGCUCUAUGUUGGAGAACAACGUGGUUUUCCAGGCAUGAUUGGCAGUAUUGAUUGCAUGCAUUGGGAGUGGAAAAAUUGUCCUAAUGCGUGGGCCGGCCAAUAUACUGGGAGAAGUGGAAAACCAACGAUCAUUUUGGAAGCUGUUGCCUCAUACGACUUGUGGAUAUGGCAUGCGUUCUUUGGAACACCAGGUUCGUGUAAUGAUAUUAAUGUACUCCAUCGAUCUCCUGUUUUUAAUGAUGUCUUAGAAGGUCGAGCACCAAAGGUUAAUUACGUAGUGAAUGGUCGUCAUUAUGAUAUGGCAUAUUAUUUAACUGAUGGUAUAUACCCUUCAUGGGCUGUAUUUGUCAAGUCAAUUACUUCCCCACAGAUCCGCAAACACAAGUUGUUCGCUCAACACCAAGAGUCUGUCCGAAAAGAUGUUGAGCGAGCAUUUGGAGUCCUACAAGCUCGAUUUGCAUUUUUACGACGCCCAUGUCUUGUUUGGGAUAAAGUUUUGAUGGGAAAAAUUAUGAUGGCUUGUAUCAUCAUGCAUAAUAUGAUAGUCGAGGAUGAACGAGAUACCUACCAAAAUUAUUAUGAUCCAACAGAAUUUUUUAUGGAUACACCUACAAGAGUACAAACAGAAGAUGGCGAACAUUUUCGCUAUUCUACUGAACGUAUUGCGAGCUUGUCUACUUAUAUGACUAAUAGAGAUCAACUUCGCAAUAGAGAAGCUCAUAGGACUCUUCAAUGUGAUUUGAUUGAGCAUGUAUGGGAAAAAUUUGGCACUGGCAAUUAAAUAUGUAAUUUGCAUUUUCUAAUUGUAUUUUUAAAUUUCACGUAUUGUACUUUGCUAUAUUUAAUUUCAGUUGUAUGUUUAAUUCUUGUAAUCUUCCUUUGUGAUUGAGUUAAAUAUCAAUUAUAAUAUAUGACAAUGUUUAAUUAUAAUAUAAUUACAAUUUUGUUUAAAAAAUAUUUAUUUUAUUUAUUAAAUAUAAUAAAUAAAUAUUUAAUUUAUAUUUAUAUUUUAUUUUAGAUAUUAAGAUAAUUUAAAAAUAAAGUGAAAAGAAAAAAUAUGUAGGUUGGGUUGGUGUCACCAUUGGGAGUAAAAAUUGUGUUAGGUUGUGGGUUGUGUAGGUGGAUGAGAGAGAAAUGAAUAUUUUAUUAAAAAGUGGAGUAAGGUUGGGUUGGGUGAGUGUCACGACUGUGGGUAGUCUAAGGG